AUGUCUGACAACUUCGGCGUUGACUCUGAUCCCGAGGUUUUCGAAGUUGAAUCUAUCAUUGGAAAGAUGUAUACAGAUGGGAAACCAUAUUAUUUAAUUCAUUGGAAACAUUACGAAGAUCCAAAAUAUGAUACAUGGGAGCCGAGAGAAAAUCUUGAUUGUCCAGAAAUUAUGGAAGCUUUUGAAAAGACAGAAAUAGCUAAAAAAGCCGAUCAGAAAUACCAAGAAUUCUUGGCUGGGAAAUAUAAAACUAAAUCAUCUCAUAAAAAUCAAAUUAUUCAAGAUAUAGAUGAAGUAAACGUCACAGAAUCCUCUUCAACAAACAAUAAAAAGAAAAAACGAAAAUCUGCUAAAAAAUUAGAUGCAGUUUAUCUAAAUGAAACAGAUGAAACAAAAAUAUCUUCUUCAUCAGAUGUUUUACCCAAUGAAGAAAAUGAUUCUGAACUCGAAGUUGUCAAUUCGAGCAAGAAAAGAACAAAAUCUUCCUCAAGGAGAUCUAAACCCAAACAACAAAAGAAUAACUUACCCGAAUCUAACAUAGACCAACCAAAUUCAAAUAAAGCUGCUGCCGUUUCGAAACCAUCACCUAAAAAGACUCGAUCUUCAACUGAAGCAUCAACAAGUUCUAAAAAGACUCCUUCAAAGCCAAAAGAAACAAAAAGACGACCUACUAAAAAAUCUCGCGUUGAAGAGUCAGUAAACGAAACUACCGAUGAAAUACCAUUACAAGAUACCUCAGAAGAUCAAGUACCUAAUCAAUACAAAGAUGAUGAUUCUGAUUUUGAUUUAGAAGCCUUCAAGAAAUCAAUUGUUGAAGAAGAUUCUAAAAAGGAUCAGGAAUUCAACCAGAAUGCUAAAGCAACAUUUAUUCUCAAGCAAAACUCAGAAUUUAAAUCAUAUAAGCAUAAAGAAAUGGAUUAUCAUGCUAUAUAUGGAAUAUACCCCGGAACUCAAUUGCCUGGCUCUUUAGAUGGCACUGCUGUUAUAAGAUUUUCUGAUGCAAACCAAUUAAAGAGUAAUGGAUUUAUUCUGGCACAUUUAGAAAGUGGAAGAGUCGUUCCUGUCAAUAUCGAAAUUGCCAGGAGAAUGUCUCCUCAAAAACUGAUUGAUUGCUUGAUAGAAGAGAAGCUCAAAAUAGAUACAAAGAAAGAGAAGGAUCUUGCCAUUUGA